UAUUUCGUUGUAAGCCAACACAAACCUAUUACACCUUAUAUUAGCCAAAUGAUUAGAGCCUGGCGAGCACUGAUCUCCCAGAGUGGACUACACCUAAGACGAUGUUCCCUAUCAAAGACGGCAAUUAGCUUGAAGAAAGAAGAUGUCGACGAAAUGGAAACACCAGCAAAUAGACAGAGGGUUUCGCUGCCACCGCCACCGAAUCCCGGGGAAAAACUGAGCAAGCGCUAUCUGGAGUUCCGGGAAAAGCUGCGAUCGGAGGCGCCGCUGGAAUCCCUGCCGGAGUGUGCACCACAUCCGGCCCACGAAAAGGAGCCCCUGAAACCGUGGCCCAAUAACACCAAUCCCUAUACCGGAGAAAUCGGUGGCCAGGCGGGACCAGAACCCACGCGCUACGGCGACUGGGAGCGCAAGGGACGAGUUACGGAUUUCUAAGGCAUCACAUCUUCACCUCGACACCUUUUUGUUUGGA